GUCGCGUUGUGCCUCUGAGGUGCACUCGCUGUUCCUAUUAUUUUCGUGACGGGUAUUGCGCCGAAGCCGAUUCCCGCAUCCUCGCCCCGAGACGCGAGGUCCGGUCUCGCGGUGGAGGCGACGACGGCGGCCGUCCGCAUCACGCGCCAGUCCACGCCCGGGGCCGACUGUCGCACGGCUCGCGCCCAUCGAAACAUUCGCGUACUGUGCUCGCCUAAUCUCUUAUGUCGGUUGGUGACAGACCGGUGUCGUUUAAAGCGCGUAGCGCUUGUUUCAGCCAAUUACGGCAAUAAAACUUAAACUGUGGGUCGGUGGUCAGUGUUUGGAUUGUGACCUGGUGCGCUGAUGGUAUACGUGAAUGUGAAUGGGGUUCGGAGAGGAGUUGGAAGAUGCAUUUCAAGGAGUCGUUUGCGAUGAGCGAUCGUCCGAACGAGCGCGGCCGGCGCAACUCCCGCUGCAAGGGCGCUGGCGUCAAGAUGGAGCACUUCCAGGCGGCGCUGGAUCCUCGCAAGCAGGAGCUUCUGGAGGCUCGCUUUCUGGGCGCCAAGGUGAACACCGCAGGGGCGAUACUAGUAGAAACACACCGAGUCACCAACUUCAAAACUGUGAUGUCAGCUGGGUCACAAAUUCAGAUGGCACCACAAACUACUGUCAACACGGGGCAGCCACUACAUAAUCAGGACUCCAAUAUGAGCACAGGAUCCUCACAUAGUGAUAAAGAAGUGGAUGCUUUGACUCCUGAAAAGUCUGCUGCUAUGCGAGGUUCAAAUUCAGUUCCUGGCAGCACUUUGGUGCCACCAAGUGGUGCCACGCCUACUAUAGCAAUGCCUGACAGAAAGAGAAAACGGAAAGGUGAAGAAGGAGUAGGUGGUGGUGGAGGGGGCGGUGGUAAACAAAGGCAUAACUCGUCAGAUAAAAAUAUUCGUGAAUAUUUUUCAAAGCACCCAUCGUCCAGUCCUGUUCGGCUUGCAGGUGCUAAGUCACCUUCGCCACAAGGCGCAAACUAUCCUAUGUACCCACCGUCACCUUCAUCAUUAUUGCCUUCGGGAGCUGACUUUUUACGUUCCGCCUCGCAACAGCGACCUCACACUUCUGUUAAACAGAUUCAAACAGAACUGACGUGUCAGAGGAUACAAGAGUUAGAAACUCAAGCUUCAUCUGACUUAGAAGUAAGAAAUAAUAGAAUAGAAGAAUUAACAAGAAAUAAUGAAGAGUUAAAACAUCAAGUUCAAGCACAGAGCAAGGUUAUAGAUCAACAUAAAUCACAUAUAAACAAAUGUAUAGACGUGGUUAAGAAAUUAUUAAAUGAAAAAAGUACUAUUGAAAAGAAGGAAGCCCGACAACGAUGUAUGCAAAAUAGGUUAAGGCUUGGCCAGUUUGUUACCCAGAGAGUUGGUGCUACCUUCCAAGAAAACUGGACUGAUGGAUAUGCAUUUCAAGAACUCACAAGGCGACAAGAGGAAAUAACAGCCGAGAAAGAAGAGAUAGACCGGCAAAAGAAGUCUCUAUUAAAGAAGCGGCCAUCGAACAGCGAAGGCGGCGGUGGGCGCGGCAAGCGGACGUCAAGCGUGUCUGCGCCCACCACGCCACAACCGCAGCCGCUGCACAAUGGCACGGACGCGCCCACCUUCCUCAAACCCGACCCCUUGCCCAGCAUGACGUGGCAGGAGUACUAUGAAGCUGAUGAAAUUUUAAAACUAAGGCAGAGUGCCUUAAAAAAAGAAGAUGCAGACCUACAAUUAGAAAUGGAAAAAUUAGAACGGGAGAGAAACCUUCACAUUAGGGAACUGAAGCGGAUACAUAAUGAAGACCAAAGUCGGUUCUCACAGCAUCCUGUGCUCUCUGAAAGGUUCGCCUGGACCCUGGUGCCACGUCGACCGGUUACGACCCAUUGUGGCCCUCACCCCUACUCUAGGUAUUUGCUACUAAUGUUGCUGGGCAAGGGUGGUUUCAGUGAAGUCCACAAAGCAUUCGACCUUAGGGAGCAACGUUACACGGCGUGCAAAGUUCAUCAGCUAAACAAAGACUGGAAAGAAGACAAAAAGGCCAACUACAUCAAACAUGCGCUACGGGAGUACAACAUUCACAAGGCCCUAGACCACCCUCGAAUCGUUAAGCUUUAUGAUGUAUUUGAAAUAGAUGGGAACUCAUUUUGUACAGUUCUUGAAUACUGCAAUGGACAUGAUCUCGAUUUUUAUCUCAAACAGCAUAAGACUAUACCAGAGCGAGAAGCGCGGUCAAUUGUGAUGCAAGUAGUGUCUGCGUUAAAGUACCUAAAUGAGAUAAAGCCACCAGUGAUCCAUUACGACUUGAAACCCGGCAACAUCUUAUUGACAGAGGGAAAUGUCUGCGGGGAGAUUAAAAUCACAGACUUCGGUCUUUCCAAAGUGAUGGAUGAAGAGAACUAUAACCCUGACCAUGGCAUGGAUCUCACCAGCCAAGGUGCUGGCACAUACUGGUACUUGCCACCAGAGUGCUUUGUAGUUGGCAAGAACCCACCAAAGAUCAGUAGUAAGGUGGACGUUUGGAGUGUUGGUGUAAUUUUCUACCAGUGCCUGUACGGCAAGAAGCCCUUUGGACAUAACCAAAGCCAGGCCACUAUCCUAGAAGAGAACACUAUACUAAAGGCAACUGAAGUUCAGUUCGCCAACAAACCCACAGUCAGUAAUGAGGCUAAGAGCUUCAUCCGCGCGUGCUUGGCGUACCGCAAGGAGGAGCGCAUCGACGUGUUCGGGCUGGCGCGGCACGAGUACCUGCAGCCGCCCAUGCCCAAGCCGCGCCCCUGACGCCGAGGCGCGCCCGCCCCCCGCGCACCAACCCGCGAUACCAUGUCGAAAGAACGUUCACGACGUUACAAACUUGUAAAAUGACUAUAUCAUUUACGGAUAAAAUUGUUUAAGAUUAUACUUACUACUGUUGACUGUAUUUAUUGAGCAGGUGAUAAAAUGUGAUUCUUCAUUUAUGAAUGGUUUCAUCCUUUUGUCACUAGAGAGCAAUCCUUGGGAGGACUGUCCCAUGCAUAUUAUAUAAGUUAUCGCUAUUAAAAAAGUUAAAAAUA